AUGUUGAAUAAUAAUGGAUACAAAUCAAAGCAAUGUAGUAGUACUGCUAGUGGUUACAUUUGCAUGAUCCAAGUACUUGUUAUGUCUUUUACAUUGAUGCUAAUGCUAGUGAUUCUAUUUUUAGUAUUUGAUAAUGUUCAUGAUAAUGAUGAUCAUCGUGUCAAAGUAAAAGUAAAACCAAGUUUAGCUUAUGAUUCUCAUAAGCAAAAGUGGAAUAGCUUUGAUUUUUUGGUGAAAUUGCAUCCCACAAGAGAGUUCAGGAAUGGAAUAGAUUUGAUAUGGCAAGUACCUGAAUCACCUAAAGGUGUUCUUUUUCUUGCUCAUGGAUGUAAUGGAAAAGCCAUUAACUUUUGGGACAAAUCGUCUGAAUGCCCUGAUUGUGUCGGUUUGCCUGAAGAACGGUUGCUUGUACUUCACGGUCUUGCUGAAGGUUUUGCUGUUAUUACUAUUUCAAGUGCGCAUAGAUGUUGGAGUUAUGGAAAUAAUGAAGUGUUGAUUGUUAAAGAUAUACUAGAAUGGUGGAUUGGUGAGAGGAAGCUUGAGAAACUUCCUCUUGUGGCUUUAGGUGCUUCAUCAGAAGGUUAUUUUGUAUCUUUACUUGCAACUGUUAAGAAGUUUAAUAGUAUUGUGCUUAUGAUUGCUGAAGGGAUGUUUGAAGAAAUAGAUAUUGAUGAGCAUUUAGUUCCUCAUGUCCAAGAAGAGCUAAACCUUGCAUUUGCUUACCAUGAGAUGACAAGUGUGCAUUCUGACCGAAUUUUUAAAUGGUUUAAAUCUCAUUUGAGCUUAUUAGAUUUUGCAAUGCUCUUUGGUGUUUAA